GUCUUUAUUCUGUUAUUUGUUAUUUUAGAUAAACUUGACAUUAAGUAUUCUAGGAGAAGUGGCCCAGGAGGUCAGAACGUCAACAAAGUGAACACCAAGGUUGAGGUUCGGUUCCAUGUGGAGAGUGCUGACUGGAUCCCUCAGUGGAUCAGAGAGAGACUCCUGGAGAAGGAGGCUGGUAGGAUCACCAAGGGAGGCUAUCUGGUCGUGACCUCGGAUGCUACAAGGAAACAGAUGUUGAACCAGGCGGACUGCAUGGAGAAAAUACGUACAGUCAUCUUCGGGGCAGGUGAACUUCCUCGUGAGCUCACAGAGCAGGAGAAGACUGUGAGAGACAGAAGGAUGGCUAAGGCAAAGCAGGCAAUGCUGAAGGACAAAAGACACCACUCCCUCAAGAAACAAUAUCGCCAGACACCAAAUGUUGGUGGUUCAUGACAACAGAAGACAUGAGCAUCAUAGCGUGUGUGAGAGAGAGUGUGUAGUCCAUCGUGUGAUGGAGAUGAUGAACAAGUGAUUGUUGACCACCUGAAGGAGUUUUGAUUCUGUCAUUCAGACUUUGUGUACCAUCAGAUGUAUGGAUCUGUGUCAUGAUGACUCAAUCCGAUUGUAGCCCUAUUAAUUAAACAAAUACACGUACCUGCA